AUGGGUCUUUCCAAAGAGCAGCGUAUUGGCAUCUUGUUGGGUAUCGAUGGCCUCUUCUUUCUCAUCGAGCUCUCAGUCGGCUAUGCCGUACAUUCUUUAGCCCUGGUGGCUGAUGCUUUCCAUAUGUUGAACGAUGUACUCUCCCUAUGUGUGGGCCUCUGGGCCGUGAAAGUUGCCAACAGUGGCGCCUCCAAUAUGUACACCUAUGGCUGGCAACGCGCUGAGACACUUGGUGCUCUCGUCAACGGCGUGUUCCUGGUCGCGCUAUGCAUGUCGAUCUUUCUUGAAGCCAUCCAGCGAUUUGUGGAACCCCAAGUGGUUAGCAACCCGAAGCUCGUCUUGAUCGUUGGUUGUCUCGGCCUAGCUUCCAAUAUCCUCGGCCUUCUACUCUUCCACGACCACAGUCACGGCCAUGGUGGUGAAGAAGAUGCACAUGAGCACGAUCAUGUCCGAAAUGCGGAAGAAGGCCAUUCACACACCCAUACGCACGAUGAACAAACUUCAAGAAUCAUGGAUCCCAACGGAAGCGUGGCAGAUGUCCUUCCCCAGGUGGCUGUGACCGGACCUCAGAAGACCACAAAAUCUCCCGACUUCACUGCCUCCGACGAGGACAGCACGACUGUCUCAGCACAGUCAACGCAGACUCCUAGUCGCAAGUCCACGACUGGUGGUGACCUCACACGACACAGACGACGUACCAGUGGAUCAUAUAGUCGUGGCUUUGGCUCCGUCGACAAUAUUUCCAUUCAUCCUGCGUCAUUCCGGAACGAGAUCAUCCAAGCGGCCCGCCUCGAAGAACGAUCUGAGGAGGAUUCAGGUGAAGAGGAGGCGUUGCUUGACGAAAAUGGCGGCCCCAACCAUGGCAACGGAAGCCCAUCGCGCCUAGGCAAGCAUGACUUUAUCAACUAUGGCAGUAUGUCCAAAAAGGACAGCCGGGUCUACAACCACGAUGAUCACCAUCACAACAAGCCGAAGGAUUCCGCCGAUCAUGCUGCACAUUCGCACGGUGGCCACGGGCAUUCACAUGGCGAUCUCAACAUGCGCGGCGUCUUCCUGCAUGUACUUGGAGACGCUUUGGGCAAUAUCGGUGUCAUUGUCACGGCUCUCAUCAUCUGGCUUAGUAGCUUUCCAGGCCGUUACUACUUCGACCCUGCUGUCUCUCUGAUCAUUACGGUUAUCAUUCUUUGCUCCGCCAUUCCGCUAUGCAAGGCUGCCAGCCGCAUUCUACUGCAGGCGGUUCCCAUGGGAAUGAGCAUCGACGAAAUUCGUGCCGACAUUGAGUCUCUUGAGAGAGUCAUCGAGGCUCAUCACGUCCAUGUUUGGCAACUCAGCGACACCAAGCUCGUUGCCAGCUUGCAUGUCAAGGUCGAUUGCGAAGUCGAAGGCUCUGGCAGCUCUAGCUACAUGCACCUAGCCCGUGAGAUUCGUCGCUGUCUCCACGGCUACGGCAUCCAUAGCAGCACUAUUCAGCCCGAGUUUACCACAGCGGCUGAAGAUGCGCUUCUACAAGCGGCCGUCGAUGAAGAACAAAACGGUUCGGGAAGCGCCAGCCCCAACGGCCCAGCGGCUGGCAAGCACUCCAAGGCUGGUAGUCUCAGAUCCGAUGUUGGGAGGACAUGCUUGCUGGACUGCAGCGACAACUGCGCUGACUCGAAGCAAUGCUGCCCGCCCGGUGCAAAUGACGCAAAGAAAUAG